AGAGAGCUCCGCAGUAAAACAGUCGGAAUAUCCCUUCUGUGUGUCACAGAGUCGGAACAGGCUGGAGGAGAUCUUCCUCUCUGAUCUAACAUCACUUUGAAAAACACCUCAAUCUCAGCAGGAUGAUGAGCCGGUCCUCGCAGCAGGAGAAGCCGGGUGGGAGCUCCUGCAGGCGGCAGCAGAUGCAGCAGGUCGGCCUGGCUGAUCCGGAGCGCAGAGGGGGGUCUGGGUCCGGGGACAGCGACUCACGACCGGUCCCCCCGCACCUCGACCCGGCCCGCAGUAAGCGACACCUGGAGGGGGUCCUGAAGAAGUACACCAACCUGUUCAAGGGCUGGCAGAGCAGGUAUUUUGUUCUGGACCCUGAGGCCGGUCAGCUUCAGUACCAUCUGAAUGAAAUCAGUAAGAACCAGCGACCCCCCCGAGGGUUCUUGCCCCUCCUCGGGGCCUUGGUGGUCUCCAGCGAAGAGUCUCAGUACACGUUCACGAUCAGGUCUACGUCUGGAGACUCGUACAAACUCAGAGCUCUGGACGCUCAGCAGCAGGAGUUAUGGAUGACUCAGCUACAACUGUGCUCCAGACGCCACUCUGACAGCAAGGUGAUGAGUCCGGCUGUAGGCCAGCAGAAGAACUUGGUGAACUCUGUGGAUACUCUGCUCCCCAGGAGAAGCCCCCUGUCUGCUCUGGAUGAGGACCUCCCUCUCCUCAAAGCCACUUCUGCAGCCACUCUGAGCUGUCUGGGAGGCUGCCUCUCUAUACUGCAGCACAAUGUGGUCCAGGCCCUCAACCAGAACCAGAACCACAUUGGUAGUCCAAGCCUGGUUCAUAGUCCAGCUGCAGUGUACCCCUCAGCCUCUACAGAGAGAGUCAAAUCCAGGACAGUGAACACAGCGGAGCCUGGAGGUCUGAGGUCCAGCAGUGAUAGCCCAACGCCCAGCUUCAGUGAGAGUCCACGACACAGCAGGACCAAUCACAUCCAGAACCAGAUUCCAGGACGAGCACCUUCAGAACUCUCCUUGGGUCGGUCCCAGAGUCCUUCAGAGAGCAAAGUGAGGAAUGGAGCUCCUCUGUGCUCCUCCUCGUGUCCUCCUCCUCAGAGAGUCCAGGACUCAGAGAGUCCGUCUGAGCUCUCCUCUCUUUCUCUGUAUCUGGAUGUGAGCCUGGGUCUCCCCAUCGACAACAUGAAGUCCAGUAGGACUCCAAACAAGUCAGCUGUGGUUCCCCUCCAGACCAGCAACGGACUCCAGAGUCAGGGUCAUGGUCCCGAGUCGGCUGACCCCAGCGAGGAGACCACAGACACAGAUGAUAAUGAGGAGGAGGAUCUGGGAGUCCACGAGGAGCAAAGGAGCAUCAUCAUCCACCUCCUGUCUCAACUUAAGAUGGGCAUGGACCUGACCCGGGUUGUGCUCCCCACCUUCAUCCUGGAGAAGCGCUCCCUGCUGGAGAUGUACGCUAACUUCAUGGCUCACCCCGACAUGUUCCUGUCCAUCACCUCGGGCUGCACGCCAGAGGAGCGGAUUAUCCGCUUCGUGGAGUAUUAUCUGACUGCCUUCCACGAGGGCAGGAAGGGAGCCGUGGCCAAGAAGCCGUACAACCCCAUCCUGGGGGAGAACUUCCAUUGUUCCUGGUAUGUCCCCCGGGGCCGGGUCAAACCCCUCAGGACCACCAAUUAUACAGCUCCAAACCCAGCACCUACAGCAAACUGCUCCAACCCCGGGUCCCCUCAGAGGGGGGCGGACAGACCGGGCAGGAGGACCUCAGACUGUUAUCAUGUGCGGUUUGUGGCAGAGCAGGUGUCCCAUCAUCCCCCGGUCUCUGGGUUCUACUGCGAGUGUAAGGAGAGGAGGAUGUGUGUGAACACACACGUCUGGACCAAGAGCAAGUUUAUGGGCAUGUCAGUGGGCGUGUCUAUGGUGGGGGAAGGUGUUCUGUAUUUGUUGGAGCACGAUGAGGAGUACGUCUUCACUCUGCCGUGUGCGUACGCCCGCUCCAUCCUCACCGUGCCGUGGGUAGAGCUCGGAGGGAAGGUCACAAUAAACUGUGCCAAGAGCGGGUACUCCGCCGGCGUCACCUUCCACACCAAACCUUUCUACGGAGGGAAGGUGCACAGAGUGACCGCGGAGGUGAAACACAACCAGACAGGAAACGUGGUGUGUAAGGCGCAGGGUGAGUGGAACGGCGUGCUGGAGUUCACCUACAACAGCGGAGAAACCAAAGUGAUCGACACGAGCAAGCUGCCCAUCAUCAGAAAGAGGAUGAGACCACUCGAGAAACAAGGCCAGUACGAGUCACGGCGUCUCUGGCAGCACGUGACGGCGUCUCUGAAAGCAGGAAACAUGGACGCAGCCACGGAGCACAAACACUUCCUGGAGGAGAGACAGCGCAGCGAGAGCAAACAGAGAGCUGCCAACAGAACACCCUGGACCCCCAAAUACUUCAUCAGAGAGGGGGAAGGCUGGGUGUACCACAACCCUCUAUGGAAAGCUCACUGACAGGAGCAGAGGCAGGAGAUAGUCCUACACCUGGACGACAGAGAGGCACUCAGCAGGCUGGAUGUGAGGAGAGACUUCGGAGACGACGUGUCAAAGACAACAGAAAGAUUCACAGGGGGGUCUGGUGAGCCACAUGCUGGUUCCGAUCUUACAGGUAUCAAAUUCAAGAAGACGAAGAACAUAAGAUCCAGACUUGCUCAUGUUCACAGCUGCUGACAGUCACUUCUCUGCACAAUGUUCUGAACGACAGCUAUGAUCACAACUACUUUGCACAAUUCACUGUACAUUAUUCACAGCAAUGCACACGAGUGAGUUGUGUGUGUGUGUGUGUGUGUGUGUGUGUUUGUGUGUUUGUGUGUUUGUGUGUAAGUUUGUGUGUCAUAAAUAAACUGUCAUUCCUCAGUUCAUCACAUCCUCCAGGUGAUGUUGUCACUCUGUAGAUACGUUUGUCUGUGAGCUCGCUGAUUUGAAGCUGAAACCUCCUGAAGUGUAAAGAUCAGGAGUAUUUGAAAUUCCGGAUCCGUCUUCAAUCUUUGGAAGAAGCAAUAUUCACACUGAGAGAUUUUUAAAAACACAGUAGCACCACAGACAACCUCCUCUGUACCAACAUGAGCUUUGGUACUUUUUCAUUGGAUGAUCCUGCUGCAGCGUCAUGGAGCUCUGAGCGUCCUCCAUCUGACCAUGACGUGAUCUAACCUAUGCAACAUGUGACUGUAGCCGCUGUGAGGAGGCUGAACACGCUCAGUUUGUUUUAAUAAAGAUCUUCAAUCAGA